CAGCAGCUCUUACAAUUUUCACCUGUCCACAUUCACUCGUCAGGUGUCCUUUAAGCGCAUGCGUCCACCUCCAACAGGUAUUUCCACCAAAAUGGAGAAAUGGCGAAGGUUGACCUAUAUUUUAUUGCUCUGUUUUUUAACACUUUCUCCAGUUAUUUCUGUUGAUCCAAUCGUCAAAAUCAACCAACCUGAAGAUACGUUUGGAGAAAAAACGAUUACUGCUUUAAAAAAUGAUGAUGUCGCAAUGGUGUGCGUUGUCAUGAACAAAGAUGCAAAAACUCCGGUGAAGUGGAGUCGCAUCGAUGGCACGGUUAAACACGAUGUUGGCACUGACACCAGUUCGUCAAACACCCAGAAAUACAUCAUCGUCCAGGUGACUGCAGUCUCCUGGCGUCUGACCAUCCAGAAUAUUCAGGAGAGUGACAAAGGAAAAUAUGUGUGUAAGGUGCAAAUAGAUGAGAAGCAAUAUAGUUCAGACUUUCGCAUUGUGAGGGUCGUAGAAAAACCUCAAAUCCUCGACAUGAGUACAAGUAGUGACACCAGUAUUGAUUAUGGAGAGAAACUGACCCUAUCUUGUAAUGCCCAAGGAAUGCCCCCUCCAAAAGUUAUCUGGUCACGAAUGGCUGGAGCUGAUUUACCAGACGGUGGAAUGGUGAGAUGGAAUCCGCUGCUGCCAAUUAACAAGAUAACACCCAAAGAUCGAGGCAAAUAUAUUUGCCAAGCAGUCAAUGAGGCUGGUGUUGAUAAGAGAGUCAUCACACUCCUUGUGCGAUUUCCUCCCCAAAUCGAACCUGAGACUGCUCGUGUUGCACAGGCGCUUGGUUAUCAAACAGAAUUGGUGUGCUUAAUUGAAGGUUUCCCUGAUGUUACCAAAGAACAAAUUACUUGGACCAGGAUCGGAACCCCUAUAGACAGAAAUUCUGACCGGUAUAAAAUUAUGUUCAUUUCUGGAGCAUUCAACCGUGUCACCAGUAAGCUGAUCAUCAAAAGAGUAGAAAGGGUUGAUUACGGAAAUUAUGUGUGUAAAGCAACUAAUACUAAAGGUACCAACGAAAGACAGAUUUCUCUUGAAAAAUCCAUUGAACCUGUAACAGACCGUACCGGUUCCUUGGUAUCAUCAGCAUCGCCUCUUGGCACAUCCAGUUUCUUUCUUUUCUCUUAUUUUAUUCAGCAUCACCUAAUGAACCAUUGAUUGUUAUUUUUAUAACCUCGACCAUUCCUACUCCACAUGUAUAUACAGCCAAGUGUCCCUAAAGUGUCCUUAUCUAUACCCUGAAGUAGUGUUAGAAUUGGUUAAACUGUGAGUCAUCCUUGCUAACUCAUAACUCCCCUACAAUCUAAAAAUCACAUUAAAAAUGAAAUAUUUUUGUUUUCUAAUACUCGUGAUAUGAUGAUGAAUGAAGAUUGCAGCAAGGAUGCAAUGUGUAUCCACUGGUGUGUUGUGGCUAUCAUCAUGAUGAACAAUGUAAAAUAACUGGCAAACAAUCCUUUUGAGCCUUUCCAUUGAUUACGGAAAUUAUGUGUGUAAAGCAACUAAUACUAAAGGUUCCAACGAAAGACAGAUUUCUCUUGAAAGUAAGUCACUUAACAUUGCACAUUUGAUGCCUGUAAUUUCAGAUUUCAGUUGGAAUCAACAAUUGUGA